AUGUACAGCUUACGUAGCUUGUCAGUUUCACUCACUACUCCGUUGAAACAUGAAUUGAGUAGGACUCUUGCUGAAAUCAAAAAAUCUUUCCAAAUUGCCAAGCAACAGGAAAAGAGCGUUGGAAUUGUUGAAUAUGCUUAUUCUCCGAGAAAGCGCUACAGAGUAACGUAUCUCAAAUCCAGAUUCAAGCAUCGCUACGCUAUUCGCCACUACGUGUUUGAACAAUACAACUACAAGAUUAACAUUUACGAUCCACAGGAUGUGGAUGUGACCAUUUCAUCGAUUUUAGGCAGUUUGAGCCCAUCGGUUCAUGCAAAUUGUACAUUUAGUUGGGGAUUCAAUUCACAAAGCUCAGUAAGCAGCUAUAAAACGGAGGAAAACAUCAUAAAGAGACUCAUCAGUAAUGUACGUAGUCAAUAG